UCGUUAGAAUCCUGGAUGGAAAGCGACUUUUCGUUCUCGGUUGUCUCCUUCUGGAUUUCGGCUUCCAGGAUUGACCCUGGCGCGCGAGAGGGGAAGAGAUGACGAGACAGAGAAGAAUUCCUGGAGGGUGAAGACGCAAGAGCUCGUGUGCUGGCGGUCGUUCUUUGUUCUCCCCACCGGUCUUUUCCUAUGGUUUCUGUCCGUUCUUCGCCUUUCUUUUCGACAGGUUGGCUUGCGGGCAGGCCGGUCAGAGGACGAAGCUUGUGGCCUCUCUCAGGUGCAAAGAAAGCGAAAAGGGUACAUAAGACAAGGGAGAGGGAAGAGAGACGCCAAGAGGUCUCACCUUUCCUCUCUCGUUUCUCUUUCUUCUUUCUUCUUUUGCCCUCUUUUAUUUCUAGUCUCUCUGUCUCCUUUGCCUCUCUGUGCUUGCUUCUUCAGCCUCACCAGGGUGGCUCCUGCUCUCCUCUCGCACGCAGCUGCCAUGUAGUAGUGUGCCGUUGUGCGGCUUCGAGUGUUUCCGCCUUUCUGUUCCUUCUCUUCUUUCUCUUCUUAUCUUCCUCUUUUCUUUCCUCUCUUUCUUUGCCUCUGAUGCGCGGGCCAUUUCUCUUCCUUCAUCUCUUUUCUCCCUCCGUUCGUUUCCGGUGGCCGCCUCCUUUGCCGGGCUCCUCUCUGUCUCCAAGAUGAUGCACGACGUUCUCUUGGCUUUGGCGGGAUUCCCCGGCGACGUCUUCGUCUACGCGCCUCCCGGCUCCUCUGCAGACGCUUCUUUUUCCAGUUCUCAACUGUCCGCGUCAGAGUCUCCCGAGGCUGCGACGCGAACCGGAGGCUUGCUGCUCAGUCCGAAGCUCGCGAGUUUCUUCACUCCUGCAGAAGAGGAACUUCUAAACAGAAUCGUCGUCUCCGGCUUCCACCUCAUUCAAAUUCGUGACUUCGUCUCCUCUGUCGAAACAGACGUCCCUGCCGUCUCCCUCGCCAGCGCCAGCUCUCUCUUUUCUCUCUCUUCCAGUGGCCAGGAGGUGAAACGCAGCGCGAAGGAGAAACAUGCGGGGGAAGAAAGCGACGGGGACCAAGUCGGCUUCAAAGGCCUCUAUGUCUCCGCUCUCGCACGGGCGAUGGAUGCAGAAGUUCAGGAGUACCUGACAAAGAUAGUGGAAAUUGAGGCGCAGGUGCUACUCCAGCCCCUCCUCCCCCUUUCUGCUGUCUACGUACUCCUCGCCACAGAGAGACAGAAACUCGCAACUCUCUACGAAAUCGUCACCAAGAUCCGCAGCCUCGCGCUGAUGUACAGAGACCCGUCUCCCGCUCUGUCGCCUUCGGCCUUCGUCGUCACCGCGUCUUCACUUCUUCCUCACAGCGCGCGGCAUCAUGUUUUCCAAGAUUCAAAGACCGAGCGAGGCAUGACGCCCAGGCGUGUGUCUCUGCCCUGCGGCCCUCUGCUCGACCUCCUCUGGGCAGGCACCCGCAGCGGAAACUCUCUCGUUCAGCAGGUGUACAGGCAGGUGCUCGAUGCAUGCGUCCACGUCUUCAUUUUCCAGCUGUCUUCGUGGCUCUUCGCGGGGCAGCUGCACGAUCCGUUCGGCGAGUUUUUCCUUUCGCGUCGCUCGUCGCUUGUCCCCGCUUCUUCUUCCUCCUCCUCGUCUUCUUCCUCGAUCUUCGCGAAUCUCGCCGUCAAACAGCAGAACGCGAAACAUGUCGCGCCCCGCGGAGAAAACGCCUCGCAGGCGAUUGCGCUCUCUCUUUCUUCUUCGCACGGUCCUGCUCCGUCCUCUCCUUCUUCUCCUUCUCCUCUCUCUCCUUCCUCUCCUCCCUCUCCUUCCUCUCUUUCGUCGGAUUCGCUGUUCGUGUACGAGAACCUCACGCAACCGUUGUCCCCGUCGCAGCUCUGCUUCGAGUGGGAAAGUGCAUUUUCUCUCGUCGCCUUCCGUCUGCCAUCGUGCUGCUUCCCUUCGCCAAAACUCGCGUCUCCCUCGGCCUCGGGGGCUUCUCUGUGUUCGGCGACAAAGUCCGAACAACACCCGCAUGCGUCGCUGGUGCCCUCGCCAGCUGCCGCCGGUACAGCGCUCUUCGUUGGGAGGGCCGUUCGAAUCCUGACGCGGAGUGGACUCUGGGGAGAAGCUCAAGUGCAGCAGUUGAAGCCGCUAGUUGCGCGAAUGCGCCGCGCGUUCCGGCAUCCGUCGUCGCCUGCUUCUGUUCUUCUUCCUUGUCUCGAAAUUCUUCGACGAAUCGUAGGGCGUCUGCUGUGGGAGUUGAUUUCUGAAGAGGCCGCGCUGGAAGAUCAACUUGUGCUCCUCCACGACUUCUUCCUUCUCGGCCACGGUCACUUCUUCCAAGUAUUCCUCGACGCAGCAACCCGGUGCACACGGCGCCAUCUUUCCUCUUCGUUUGCCUCGGCUGCUUCUCUCGCGCUCAUGUCCUCCACGUCGCGACAGGCAACCACCUUCGAGCUUCAGCUGCGACGCUCGUGGCAACAAGCCAUCAGCGAAACUGCGUUUUCCUCCGGUUCGUUGUCUUCUUCGCUGAAUCGAACGCCGAACGCGAAGGAGACGGGCGUCGACGACGUUCCCUCUCGGUCUACUACGCCAGUCUCGGGAGUGACAGGAGGCAGCGUGCAGAGAGAAGAACGCAGCGGAGACGGAGGAGACACAGGCCGAGAUGGAGAGGACAGCACAGCGCAGAUGGAAGACAGCGCCGCCCACCCAGGACAGCGUCCCGCAGGGUUGCCAACGUCUUCGACUUCUUGCAUUUCGCCUCGGUUUUCAGCUUCGCCGAGAGCAGUUUCCCUCGUCGGCUCCCGGCCUCCCACUCCGAAAUCUGCUAGGGCGAAUCCGCAGUCGGCCUGCCGCCGCUCGUCUUCUUCUCCUUCAUCCUCCUCUCCCUCAUCUUCUUCCUCAUCUUCUUCCUCAUCUUCUUUCUCUUCUUCCUCAUCGUCUUCUUCUUCUUCCUCAUUUUCUUCCUCUUCUUGCACGGCUUCGGUGAACAGGAGGUCACUUUCGUGUGAUUCGGUUGCGGUUCGAGGGCCUGUGGUGGCGCAGCGUGUGAAGAGAAAAAAUACAUUUUUCAUUGAACGAAGAAAGGUCGCAUGCGCCGAACAGGGGAAGGAAGAGUGGACUGACGCCAUCCAUCGUUCCUUCCGCCUUCGCGUUCUAGGUCGCGGCUUCGAAGUCACAGACUUCUGUGCAGAGAGCAGGCGCGCGGCGCUCGUGAGGCACACCGAGGCGCGGAGGGCGUCCAAGGCGAGAGGCUGCCUGAACGAAGACCUAUGCGGCUUCAGGACGCGGGAUUCUCCCCUGCAAGUCGGCUCUCAGUUUCUGCUAAGAGGACUCGCCAGAGUGCUUGAAAGCGGUGUCUUGGUCCUGGGAGAAGGUGGAGAGCGGCUUCGGCAAAUAGAUGAGAAAGGAACAGAGGCGGACGGAGUCGAAGACGAACGCGCGCCGAUUUGCCCCCUCAGUGCUUGUCUGCAUGCAGACAAGCAGAGCAUCACUCACGGCUUCAAACACUCGAUUCAGUUUCGAGUCUCGGCUCUGUCGUCCCUGCCGUCGCCGACAACUGAAGCCUCUCGCUGGCUGGACUCGCCAGGCUCUUCGCCUGACGCUUUGCAAGAUCCGCUGGGUGGCGGCUUCGCUGUCGUUUUCCAGAGCUCGAAGACGCCUGCGUCUUUCCGACCUCUUUCUGCUCGCGGGUCUCCAAAGAAAACAGAGACAGCUCUCGUCUGCGCUCCAGGAUGCCCUCUGUUUUGGCCGGCAGCGGGAGACUGCGUAGCUGUGGAGGUACGGGUCGCCAAGGUGUCUCGGAGCGUCUUUCGAAAAACACUGGACGGGGGCGAAGAAGGAGAGAAGGAAGACUUCUCUGAGUCUCUGCGCACGCUGCAGCUCGACGACGAGGCCGUUCUUGUCGCGGAACUCGCUGUCUUCCUCGGAGGGAAAAACGCAAAGAACGCCUUCCAGCAGGGAUCAAGUUCCGACUAUGCGCCGGAUGGACUCUUCUCCUCUUUCGCGAAUUCCAGCGUGGCUUCCGCUGCUCCUCAGACUGUCUGUACGUCCCAAGCCAAGCCUUCGACUGACGUCUACAUGCUUCAGAGAGCACAGCGAGUCUGGCGGCUCCACGCUUGCGAGGACCUGGGAGAGGAGCUGUUCACGCUCAAGCUGCAUUAUCUGGCGGAACACCACGAGCUGCGUGUGUACAUCCAGCGAGCUGCCGACUCCGGGGCGGGGCAGACGCGAGCGCGACUGACCGAGAACGAGAAGAAGUACCAGCAGCCGUCGCUUCGGGAGCGGCUGCAGGAAUCUCCCCUUCUGCGCGUCUCUCUGUUCGACCUCUCUCAGGCUAUGACCACGGAGCAAGGCGCGGCUUUUGUUGGGCUCUUCAGUGUGCCUCUCCUUCACCGUCACCGCAUUUCGCCGCCGUCGUUCUUCCGCGCCACACAGGGAGAAACGGGCAGAGGAAGAGGACGGGGGCUGGUGGAGUUACCUUCCUCCUGUGUCGCCAUGAGCCUGAGUGACUGUCCCGUCAUCAUCCAAGAGUGGAGUCACGAAGCUCAUCCCGCGCCUCUGCAGCUUCCCUCGCUUCUCUUCGAGUCUUCCACGUCUACGAGUGCCUCCUCUGCUCCUUGCGCUUCUGCUUCGCCGCCGUCCAGCUGGGAAACGCGAAAUGAUGGAGACGGUGGAAACAGCGCCCUUGCGGCUUGUCUGCGGGGGAAACCUCGGACGCAUGCAGAGCUCUGGCAGCAGCUUCAGCUGCUCUUCCUUCCUCGCUGGCCGACCCCGCUUUUGAUUUCGACACGCAACUUGGACUGCUACAACGCCCUUUUCCAGUUUCUUCUCGAGCAGAGACAUCUCCAGUUCGAGUUGCAGCGCCUGUGGCUGGACGCGGGCUUCAUUCAGAAAAGACUGUGGCGGCCGCGCCGCAGAGCUGGCAACAGAAAACCGGUCUCUCCUCGAGCUUCCUCCCCGUGCUUCCUCGCCGAAGAAGACCGAGACGACGAAGCGACCGCCUGCUGGGAUGGGCUCUGGACGCUCAGAGCCCGCAUGGCCUUCCUUCUCAACCACGUCUUGCACCACCUCCUCACGGUUGUCGUCCAGCCGGCAUUUCGACAACUUCAGAGCGUCGUCCGCGACAGCGAGGACUUCGAGCUCGUCAAGUGCAGCCAUGAUUCGUUUCUUCUUCAGCUCGCCUCAAAGUGCUGGCUCCGGCUUUCUUCGCUUCUUCGGCCCUUCCUCCAUUCGCUACAGAGUGUGCGUCGCUUCAUCGACAUGUUUGCGCUCCUCGUCGAUCGUCACACAGCAGCUGCUGCCGGGACCACGCACAGAGGAGAGCGGAAGAGCUGGAGGCGCACCGCGGGAGACACGCGAGGAAGCCAGGGUGAAAAGAGCGACCUGGAUCUCUCGGCAAACUCGGUCUCCGGGUCUCUCUGUUUUGAGACAGUCAUGAGCACUUCGGAAUGGCGAGUUGUGCGACAAAAGCUGCGCGUGAUUCGAGACGACCUCCACCGGAGCCUGUCGGCGUUUUUCGCAGAACUCGCAGCCCUUCGACAGAACCCGCUGCAUGCGCAGCUCGACGCUCUCAUGGUCGACUUUGACUUCAACGGCUUUUUCUCCAAUCUCACGGGGAGAGGCAAACUCGGCGACCCCCUCUCAACCCCUUCGCCGCAGCCGCCUCUUGCGGUCGGCGCUUCACGCGUAGACCCGACCAGAGGAGCGUCGGGCUUGGCGGCAUCAGCUGCCGCUCUGAGUUUCUUCGGUGGUAACCGGAGUUCGUCGCGUGCUGUGAGAGAACAAAGACGACCCGGCGAACGCCGGCCGGGGACUCCGCGGCGUGGAGAGCCAAGACAGGUGCAAGGCGAAGACGACGAAGAGGAAGAAGAAAGGUUAGAUGAAGUGGAGAUAGAAGACGGAGGAGAGGGAAAUUAUGAAGAAAAGGGAGAAGGUGAAGAGGAGCGAGAACGCACGAUGUGUUCGCAUUCUUUUCGGCAAGAAGCUGACUCUGAAAGAGAGGCGAGGAGAAGGAUGCCGGAGCAGUUUUCUGGAGCAGCGCGAGACUCCGGCGUACGAGGCCAAGCAGCAGCCAUCUCUCGCGGGCUCACCACUUCAGCGUAUUCCUCGUCUGGACACCCGCGUGCACAUUCCGUGGUUCACAAGCCUUUCCCUUUGCAGCGUGCGGCUGCUUCGCCAGUUCGGGGUCAACCUUUCACCAUGGCGUCAUGCCAGCUUCCCACCUCAGAUCCUUCGGAUCCUGUCUGUUCUGCGCCUUCUCGGUCUGCGAGGUUGGUAACGCCCCCUUUGCCUGCUCCACUGUUUGCUUCUUUUCCGGAGUGUGGUGAAGACCAUGGACAGAAAGUGAGCUGUCAAGAGGGCGUGGGGUUCGAUGAAGAUCCAAUGCGUUUUCGAGGCCGAACAGCCAGUGUUCUGCGGCAAGCUUCUCCGUCGCGUUUUUUUGCGAGUGAAGCGAGACAGACAGAAGAGCGCUGGUCUGCGUAUUCAGCGGAAGAAGGAAGACUCCGCAUGCGGAGUGCCGGAGAGCAAGAGGACUCCGAGGACCUGCCAAACCGUCCCUUUAAUUCCUCUCUUGACACAGCCACAAAUGUGGGCAUGUCGCAGGAAGGGGAAGUAAGGGAGACAGACGGAACCCGAGAUGCGUUCUAUACAGACUUGCAAGCACGAGCAAGAGCUGCUCUGAGAGAAGCACGCGAGCGGGCCGCUCGACGGAGGCUUCUCCAGUAUCAGCAUGACUACUGUUUGCCUUAAUGCGGUUUGUGGUUUUCCUGUUUGCUUGUUUCCAGUGAAAAAGGUAUAUGCCGACUGCUUCCAGCCUUCGGUGGCUCGAGACAAGAACAUGCAACGGGGUAUCGGCUUUCCUCUUUCCCCGUUCUUUUUGUCUCCCGGGUGUCGGUUUCCUAGCCACAGGAUCGUCACUCGAAUCACUUCGGCAAGUGAGCCGCAACCAGCCAUUCCUCCGUUUUCUCAUAUUUGAUGCUACGUCGCUGUGGGGGCUUCUGAAAGCCACAGUGUGCCGGCGAUGUUGCUGACGAAUGAUACUGAAUGGAAGACGCGAAAUGUUAAGGGUUGAUUGUUACCCAGACGAAUGCACAUGAAGUUUAAACACACACGGAGGCAG